CAGCCUUCCAUCAACGCACGCUCGGUGCGCAGGCUGGGAAUAAGCCGGCGACGGCUCCAAGGCUCGCACAGUAGCGCAGUACCGCCGGCACGGGACCCAGCCCGCCGCCGACCCCAGGCGCCCUGAGGAGCCCGGGGAGCGGGACCUCCUCCGCGCCGGCAGGGGGCGUCCCCGCGGCGGGCAGGGCCGGAUCGGGCCGGGCUGGCGGAGCGGGAGGCGGCCAUGGCUGUGCUGCUGGAAACCACGCUGGGCGAUCUGGUGAUCGACCUCUACACGGAGGAGCGGCCCCGCGCUUGCCUGAAUUUUCUGAAGCUCUGCAAAAUCAAGUACUACAACUACUGUCUUAUUUAUAAUGUGCAGAGAGACUUUAUCAUACAGACGGGUGACCCCAUGGGAACUGGACGUGGAGGUGAAUCUGUAUUUUGUAAGCUGUAUGGUGAUCAAGCUAGAUUUUUUGAGGCAGAAAAAGUGCCAAGAAUUAAGCACAAGAAAAAAGGAACAGUGUCAAUGGUGAACAACGGCAGCGAUAUGCAUGGAUCACAGUUUCUUAUUACAACAGGAGAAAACCUGGAUUAUCUGGAUGGUGUGCAUACGGUAUUUGGAGAAGUGACUGAAGGCAUGGAUGUAUUGAAGACAAUUAAUGAAACCUUUGUGGAUAAAGAUUUUAUCCCAUAUCAAGAUAUCAGGAUAAAUCAUACAGUAAUUCUGGAUGAUCCAUUUGAUGAUCCACCUGGCUUGCCUAUUCCUGAUCGCUCACCAGAGCCUACUAAGGAACAGCUCGAUAGUGGAAGAAUAGGAGCAGAUGAAGAAAUUGAUGAUAUGAAAGGACGGUCUGCAGAUGAAAUAGAAGAAGUUCAGGCAGAAAAAGAGGCAAAAACUCGUGCCAUUCUUCUGGAAAUGGUGGGAGACUUACCAGAUGCAGAAGUCAAGCCACCAGAAAAUGUGCUGUUUGUUUGUAAACUGAAUCCUGUGACCACAGAUGAAGACCUAGAGAUAAUAUUUUCACGAUUUGGUCCAAUUAAAAGCUGUGAAGUGAUUCGAGACUGGAAGACUGGUGAAUCUCUUUGUUAUGCUUUCAUUGAGUUUGAAAAGGAGGAAGACUGUGAGAAAGCCUAUUUCAAAAUGGACAACGUGCUGAUAGAUGACAGACGGAUACAUGUGGAUUUUAGCCAGUCUGUUGCAAAGAUUAAGUGGAAAGGAAAAGGUGGGCAGUACACCAAGGAUGAUUUCAAAGAGUAUGAAAAGGAACGUGAUAAACAUUCAAAAUUUGCUCUAAAAGAGAAGGUGAAACCAAAGCAGGAUGCCAAGUAUGACCUUGUGCUAGAUGAGGAAGAAGAAGAAUCUCAAACAAGUCAGUCACACUUGGCUAAAAAACAGAAGAAGAAAAAGCACUACCACUCUGAAGACGAAGAAGAUGACAAGAGGACCAAAAAAUACAAGGAUUCUGAUCGAAAACAUGAAGGAGAACGCUCUAGAGAGAAGAUGAAGAGUGCGAAGAAAGACAGGCAUCGGAGUCGCAGCCGAUCUCAAGAGAGAAGUUACAGCAAACAUAAAGACAAGUACAGAGAAGAUGUCCGAAUAAGGGACUGGGAUAAAAAGAGAGACAGAAGCAGAAGUCCUAAGAAAUCAAAAGACAAAGAGAGGUCUAAGUACAGAUGAUGAAGAAGCAGGAGAUAUGAAGGAACUAAAAUAGUGUUUUCUUCCUGCAUGUACAACAUGCUGUCAUAUGACUGUGCAAAUUCAAAGCAGCUACAUUCUGUCAGCUGUUUGGCCUUACAAUUCUUUGAAUUCCCAGUGUAUGACUUGGAGUAAGGCUUGAUUCCUAAAAAGUUUUUUUUAAUAAAAUGUUUAACAUUAGUGGAAUGAUUUGAGUCUCCAAUAAGGAAUGUUGUCUAAAGCUUUUUGGAAAUGUAAACACGUGCUAUCGUGUGAGUUGCCUACUGAAGGGAUUGGAGGACAUGCUUCCUUUCUGCAAGGAGAAUGUACUUGUUUUUCAGCACUCUCAGAUGCUUGGUAAAGGAGUAUGAUAGAGGACCUGGGAAUCAAAACUGUUAUGUGCACGCUUCGUCUAAAAAGUGAUCUGAUACCAUUUGCGCGAGUGCUCAGAGUUCUGUUUCCUUCUUUUAAAAUUAAGAGUUACAGGUUGCCUUAGUCCUGACAGCUCUCACUUGCUGAGAACUGUGCAGCAGUGCUUAAAGGCAUUGAAGUGCUGCACUGCUGCUUACAAGGGUAUUGGAAGUGCUGCGCUGUACUAAAUCAUUUGCACUUGCUCAGUUGUUACAUAGAUCCCUUCCUUGGCUGUGUGGCAUUAUUGGAAGAUGCUUCUCAAAAUGUAAAGGUUCACUUGUUACUUGGCACAGCUGCAGUGUUGAGGAUCUUGAGCUCAGUCAUGUCAGGGCAUCCACCUGUUGUGAUGUCAGGCAAGUUAUGCUGAGGGGAUAAGAAAGAAGAAAGUGAUCAUCUCCAGGAAGGCAGAAUUUGUAACUUGCACUGCACUUGCCAAAGCCAAAAUGGGAUUAAUUUUCAGAUCUGGUGGCAGAAGUGGAUCAGUUAAUAAAUCUUCAACUACAAAGGAAUGCAGGUAAUGUUAUCAGAGUCUGGGUCUUACUGAAAGUCAGCAGGCUUUUAAAUGUCCAGUUUACUCUGAUAUACAAGAUCUGGAUAUUUAAGCAGUAUUAUUCAGUUUGCUUACAUUUUAAGAAAUGUAAGAGAAAGAUCUUGUGCUGAUAAGAGGGAAAGAGCAGCUAAGGUUGCAGCAUUCAUCAUUUCUUCCUCCAUGAAAUGUGUGGUGACUCGGAGGAGUCUGGUCUGGUGAAUAAAUUUAACUUUUGUGGUUGUGGUUUUGCUGUAGUGUCUGAUUCUGUAGUAGGUGUGUAAUAAGUUUUUGUAGGUGGGUACCUCUCAUUGGAACUUGAUUUGAAGUACAAAACCAAACCCUAAAAUACUUGGUGGACAUGAAAAAUCACAACAUGCUGGUCUGCCCUGGAGGCCAGGAGCAGUUCUACUCUGCUUGGUGAGUGCAUUUGAAUGCACUGUGUGCAGAAAGUAGAUUUUGAACCAACAAACUCCAAUGGGAAGGCUGCUGCUGAAGGAACAAAAGAAAUUUACUCCAUGGCAGAAGAUUCUGACUAAGCUGGCUAGGCCAGAUGCCUACAGCAUUCAGACUAAACUGACAAGGAUACUGAAGGGUAUUGUGUACAGAAACAACUGCGUACCCUUUGGUUUGUAAAGAUUAAGUGUAUUUGGCUUAAGAGGCUGCCUUUGCUAAUUCUCUCCUUUCUAACUUCUGGAGCAAGGAACUAGAAAUUCAUUUUUCAUAACUGUGUCUAAGUUAUUGGGGGCUUGCAUGGAAGCCUGCUCUUGGGACCGUCUCGGGGUCUGGGGCUGAGUGCUGCACACUGUUCUCAUCAAGACUUCUGCCUUCAAAAGAAGGUUUCCAUAGAACCCCACAAGACCAAGACGUGAUGCAUUUGGAGUAGUGUUGCUGAGGCAGUAGAUUUUCAUAUGUUCUUCCUGCUUUGUUAAAGAAAUGACGUUUGUGCUGGCAUGUUGUCCUCUGUUCUUCUUUUUUGGUGGCACAUUAUUAACAUAGAAAACAUUGACCUAGGUUGACAGGGAAGUGGAGGCGCUGAACAGUUAGGUUCUUGCUGUUUUGCGGAACUGACAGUCAUAGUAAAGAAAGGUUCCACUCUGAGGAAAAAGCUGGAUUCUUGCUGGAACCCCAAGAAUCCCUUCACAGAAAAGGUGAUAAAUAUGACUCAGUGGCAUGAAGAGUUUUGGCAGCCCUUCAUAUGCCUCAGUAGACCCCCCACACACCUGUGGGGUGUAGGAGCAUCUUAAGGUAUGAAAACACCCAAUUCCUGGAAAAUGUGCUCUCUUCUCAGCAGCACGAAUGGCUUCUUCUCUACCAACAGGCAAAAGCUUAAGAUCUAGAAGUUUAUACAAAUAGUGUAUGGAAAUAAAUGGUUACUUCUGCGUUGGUGACCAAGGAGUCUUCAGAAACAAAGCUUAAAAAAAAAAAAAAAAAAAAAAAAAAAAAA